CCCAUCUGCAGCCGAACCGUCAUCUCAUCGGCCAGCCACAGCUCCCUGUACUGUCUUCUGCUACCUCCCAAGCACCACAUUCUAGCCGGCCAGAAAGCUCUCUGUGCGGCAAUCAUGGCCAUACGCUGGAUCGGCGAACUCUGGAAAGCAUGAAACGCACCGACCUGCAGAAGCUCUGUAAAGACCAAGGCAUCAAAGCCAACCUCAAGUCUGAGGCGUUGGUUGAUCUGUUACUUGACACCAUGCAGCCACCUCGUCGCCAACCUCAUCCCGUCUUCCAUCCCGCCCCACCAGCGCAGCCCAGACGAGCGUCCUCUCUCCGGAUUUCGAGCAGGUCUUCACAUGGGUCUCGUCUCAGAGGAACAUCAUCAGCUCAGUCAUCAUACACGACACGGACGAUGAGGAGGAGCAGCCGGACGAACCGCAGGGCGGAUCAGCUCCUCCAGAACUUCAGCCCGCACCGCCGUCUUCCCAAUCUUCCACCGUCUCAAACAGGAAGAAAUCGAGACAAACCCAAUACAGAUUGGGUGUCGGUCGACCGACGUUGGCGGGAGGUAGUGGCGCGCGAGCCAUCACGAAGUCAGUCAGUCUCACGAAGACUAAGCGAGGGAAGGGCAGCACAAGCGUAAAGCCCUCCGAGGAUGUCAUUCAGGAGGAGGAAGAACCGGCUGAGACAGGUACGCGUGACUAUCUUCUCGUGGGCCUUCAACAUCUCGUAGC